AUGUCAUCUAAAGCAGUGCACGAUAGUGUCGAUUCGAUUCGUUUGAAAGAGUGCAAGCAAUAUGUUUCAGUGACUUUUGCUGAUUCCCAAUCACAACCACCAUUCAACCAGUCUUCAUACACGUCUGAUUUAUAUGACCUUGAUAUCGAUGCUUUAGAUGCAGAAUUCAAACGUCUUACUGCCGAUUAUCAAGAUAAAAUGCGACAUCUACGAGCAGAUCCGAAUAAUUCAUCAAUGAAACAAGCAGUUCUUGCAACAAAAGAGAGAAUGAUUAAAAUAAAAGAGUGGACAUCAAAGUUGAAUACACAAGAAGGACGACGUCUACUCAACGAAUGUCAAAAAGAUACUGAGAAACGAAAGUAUGAGAUUGAUCAGGUAUUAAAAGUCAUUAAAGCUCAAUCAACCGCAGCCGUAUGUUUCAUCAUGAAUUGUACAGGUAGUAUGGAACCAUACGUAGUAGCAGCCAAAAAUGCCAUCAUCAAUUUGACAAAAGCAUUAACUGCAUUAUUUAGAACGGCAACACGUCUGGCUUUUAUUAGUUAUCGUGAUGUCGAUCAUGGAGAGAAGACGUUAUCGCUUAAUGUUCAGAAUCUGAAUGGUCUGAUCAAAAGUGUUUCAAAAGCUGCAACAAAUACCAUUAUGACGACUAUUAAUAAAACAAUGUCAAUUUUUAAAACAACUGAACAACGCAAAAUUUAUAGUCUUAGUAAUAUAGAACCUGCUUGGGAUGCGAUGAAUGUAUAUCCAAUAUUAAUAACUGAAUUUAUAUUAUCAAAAACUAUAGAAGAAUUAUUUCGGCCACUAUUUGUAGGCACAGGACAGGGGAAAAUGCAAAUUGUGACUGAUUCAUUCGCAAAAGGAAGUUUAAGAAAUGCAUAUUAUGGAAAACUAGCUAGCGAUGGUUCUCAUAUGGUAGAUGUCGUGUAUAAAGAAUUGAUUAGUGCUGAUCCAAUAUAUAAUACACUGACAGUGUACAAGCAGCAUUUAUAA